AUGGACCGACAGCCACAGCUAGGAUCUGCCAGGAGGGCGAGAGAACAGGCUGAGCCAAGGGAGGGUCCUUCAAUUCGGAGGGUAGAGGCAGGGGACAAUGAGCCUCAGAUAGCCCGGCCCAUUAGGGUGCGAACAGCAGGAGCCGGGAUGCAACAGCAACAACAACGAUCGCGAACUCGACGGCGACCACCACCGGCAGGACUUCAGACAAGGGAAGGCGGGAUCGGAAUAGCCAUCUCUAGACCAAUUCCGGUGGUUCCACAGUGGCCAUUGGCAUCACAAACCGCAGUUCCUCUUACUGGGCAGGGGCAAGAUCCAUAUCGACCUCCAGUUGGAAAGUCACAACCACCAGUGCGGCCACCGCGACCGAGUAGAGUGCCUUCGAUUUUGGACAGCUCUAGAGUGCAGGACCCCACGCCAGUCUCAGGCUUUCAGUAUAGGGGACCACAGCAAGGUGGCAUGGACCAGCAGCAAGAGAUCCUGUCCACCGUCCCCGAGACGACGCCUUCCCUUUCCCGGUCAUCCACGCUUUCGUCGUUGGGGACCAUCCCCGACUUCCCACUGCCCGGCCAAAUGCCUGCACCACCUCCACCUCCACGACGAAGCGUCAUUCUCGGACCACCGCCCUCAUCCAGACGCGGAGCGUCAUCCUUCUACUCAAAUGCCUCCUUGGUGUCGCCCAUCCCCGAAGAAAGCCCAGGAACACAAUCGAGAUCCCACACGUCCUUUGCGUCCAGCGCGGCAAUACCCGACAACUGGGGUACCGUUUCCCCGGGACUCAGCCCACAGUAUCCCUCUACUGACCACGAGGAGCACGUCAUGGGAAUCCACCACGACCAUGGAAACGCACCUCCGGGAUACGAGGAGGAUGCCGAGGACAGUCGGCUGGUCAGGAACGCGAGUGUGGGGAAGAGGGCGAAGCCUACGUUGGUGGCGGCGACAAGUCCACGCGUUGGGAAAGGAGCAAGAGGAUGGGCCGGCGAGAAUCAAGGGACUGAUUCCGGUCCGACGACUCCUGGUACGCCCUUCCGGGACCCCUUCGCAACGGGGACGGGCUACAUCGAGAACUCCAGCUCGUCGAGUACAAAGACUCCGCAGAACAAGACACCUAUCGGCUCGGCUAUCACGACAGAUGCGAUUUUGGAUGCGUAUAAUAGUGCCAGCUCGUAUGAUCCAACGUCGUCGUCGAAGGAGAGGAUGCCUGGGGGACGGACGUACAGUCGGUUUUCGGCCAUUAGGAGACCUCCGAAUCUCGACAUGGAUGCUGUCCGCAAAGCUCAAGCCAGGGGAAGUCUGACGAGUCUUUCGGAGCUGAUACGGCGGGCAACUAGGCUGGAACAGAGUCUGGAGAACGGCAAAAGACCCGCGAGUAGGAUCGAGGACCAGCUGUAUGACGAGUUUGGGCACGAGAAGGACAUGUCUGAAAACGAAAAACACCAAUCCGGCUUCUCCGACAUGCUCGCCGCCUUCCCACCUCCCGCCCAGCCGCGAAUCCCACCCCGCCGCUUCCGUGACUCCCUUCGAGACCAAAUCCAAUCCUGGCCUCUAGCUCUCACCCGUUCGCCCCACAACCACCGCGGCGACGGCAGCGACCAACCCCCUACCGAUCCCAGCAAUGGCGCCCAACGUGCCAACAAGAGACCCAGACGACGCAUCUGCCGCCUGCCCGUCUGGGGCUUCAUUCUUCUCCUCUCAGCCAUCGUCCUCCUCACCGUUGCCGCCGUCGUCAUCCCUCUCGAAUUUCUAGUCCUGCAAAAACACAAGGGAAACGGGUCCGCCCAGCAACAGCUGCAACAAUGCCAGCAACAAGUGACGUGCGAAAACGGUGGGACCAACAUCGUCUCCCAGGGCUUCUGCUCCUGUAUUUGUCGGAAUGGAUUUACAGGUUUCAAUUGCAACGCCACCGCCACGUCGGGGUGCAGCGCUAUGACUUGGCCCGGACUUGACGGGAACGGGGCUACGGUAGGGGCGGCCAUCCCGCGGUUGGUAGCCGAUGCGUAUCGAAAUUCCUCGAUCCCUCUAAGCGGGUCAGAAAUCGUGGCCAAGUUCAACGGGGAGGGUUUGUCCUGCGACGCGGAGAAUGCCCUGGUGACGUUCGAUAGCAGAGCGCUGAGGCAAGGGGAUGCGAGGAGUCAGGUGGUCAGUUUGGAUACGACUAAUGAUACCAAUGGAAAUGGAAAUGGGGGUGCUGAUGUGAAUGCGGCUAAUGUUAUUGUGGAUGGAGUGGAGAUUACGACCAUUUCGAUUUUGGUCGGGCAGUUGACGACGAUCACGCUGCAGGCGCCGUUGCCGGCUACGUCGGUGCCGGCGGCUUCGACAAGAUCUGGUAGCGGAAGUGGUUCAGGCUCCGGUGAUGGCUCCAGCUUCACCACUAUCACUACAACCGGCACCACCUCCGCCAGCUCCACACGAACCAUUGCGACCACAAUGACCAUGGCCUCCCAGGCUCCCGGCGCCAACUUUGCCGUUACCGAAGAAAUCCUCGACUUUGCUAGGGUCGCAGUCCUCUACAUCCUGCAGGAGGAAGACCUUAACAGGGCCGAGGAAGCGCAGACGGCCAUCCAAAAGGUGUUCUCCCAAGUUAGCGCGGCGAUCAUCAACGCUGGAAACAAACCUGUCAGUCUGGAUACGGCGAAAAAUGUUACUGUGGGGAAUGGGAACUCGGUGGAUUUUGUAGGGUUCAGAGUUGAUGUUGGCAAUGGGUUGGUGGGGGGUGAAUCGCAUCCCACGAGGCUACGACGGGCAGAGGGGGUGUUGGGGUGGAACUUUUUGCAAUGA